CCCACUAUUCCUUUCUCAAACACACACAAACACAAACACAAACACAUCUUUCCUGUACUACACUACUUCCUCUUCUGCUAAGCUACAUUACAAACUACAAUAUUAUGGCAAACAAAAUGACUUGUUUUCUUGGUUACAUUGCUGUACUGACCUUACUAUUUGCAAGAUCAACCCUUUGUGCAGAUACUGCGCCUUCAUGCCCAGAUGUGGUAUCAUAUACUGCCCCUUGUUUACCGUACAUUUCACACACCUCUGCUUCGCCUUCAGAUAUCUGUUGCACUGGGGUUCAGAAUGUGGCCAACAUGGCGAUGACCCAUGAUAACCAGGUCUCCAUUUGCAGUUGUUUGAAGACUGAAAUGGCUGCCUUUACUUAUGAUCCUGCUCUUGUUGCUUCUCUGCCUAGCAAAUGUGCAGUCAACCUGAACUUCCCUCCUAUCAGCUCAGACACUGACUGCUCCAAGAUUAGUUUUGGGAACUGAAUGAAGUGCAAGCUACACAUUUAGUGUUUACACUGCAGUUUUGCAAGUGCUGCUAAAAUAAGUGCUCUCCUGAACAGUUAAGAAAGAUCAUCAAUAAUGUUAGCAUAUUACGGAUUUGAGAAGGAAUAAACAUCAUUAUGCUACUUAGAUCAAAUAAUAAUAGAUUUUGCUUUCAAAUUAUUGUUUUCGAGUUACUUGAAACAGAUGAUCAAUUAUCUUAAUAUCAAUGGGUCUCUUUUGA